GAGCAGAACCGCCUCAGCUGUAUCUACAGCCCAAAAUUGGUCAGCUCUCACAUGCGGCCAGACAGAGACGAGAGAGACACCUAGUGUCUCGCUGGAACCCUGCAAUGAGGCCUAUGGUGGUCUCGUGUCACUUUUUUGUUUGUUUGCAUUCCAUAAACCCUUCAUCCACACCACUCUGUCUUAAACACAUUUGAACACACAACAGUAAUCUAGUAUGAAUUAAAGGCCUAACCCUCGCCCACGGUAAAAAAAGAAAACAACAAAAAAAACGAAAUAGAUCACUCGUUCAGUCAACAGCUGCUUUCAUUAUAUUCUCUUUAAGGCCUGUACUGAUACAAUAUAAAUACAGUACAUGUUUACAGUAUGUGUUCACCCUUAGCACCUUAUUUUAUCACUGGUUUUGACACACAUGUAAUUCAUUCCCCUCUAAGAAAAAACAUAUUCAGUUUGAAGAGCAGCCUAAUUAUGGCAGACUUGCCAUAAUUAAAAGAAAUGCUCACUCACUGUCCAUGCUGUUCUCUACAAAAUCAUCUUAGUAUUCUUAGUAUUUUUAGUUUUCUUAGUAGGCCUAUUACUUUGACUGUAGUCAAACCACUCCAGCGACAGAUCACAUAGGCUGCUUAUAGGCUAUGUAGAUGAACAUAAUUAUAUGAACAAAAGACAAAACAGAUGAUACAAAUGACAGUAAGAUGUAAUGUAAACUAAAUGUCCCCACGUGAUCAUGUAGCCUUAUAUGUCCCAUAGGCUACUGCAGAAAUAUGGUUUUCAACCCAUCCAUGAAGUCUACACACAAAAGGAGAUAAAAUUAACAUGCCAUGGUGCCUCAAAAAUAUGACCGGGUCAAAUGAAUUUAAACUGAACCAGGGACCUGAAGACAGCAUUUCAGCUGUGAAAUUCAGCCCGAGCACUGCACAGUUUUUACUGGUUUCGUCAUGGGAUUGCAGUGUGCGACUUUACGAUGUUGGGAGCAAUACCAUGAGGAUGAAGUACCAGCACCCGGCUCCAGUGCUGGAUUGUGCCUUUUAUGACCCCACGCAUUCAUGGAGUGGAGGGUUGGAUAACCAGUUGAAAAUGCACGAUUUGAAUACAGACCAAGACACAAUUGUUGGAACGCAUGAUUCAGCAAUUCGUUGUGUGGAGUACUGCCCUGAGGUAAACGUCAUGGUAACGGGCAGCUGGGACCGGUCUGUUCGUCUGUGGGACCCAAGGACCCCUUGCAAUGCUGGAACAUUCACCCAACCUGAAAAGGUAUACACACUGUCAGUGGCUGGAGACAGGCUUAUUGUGGGCACGGCAGGAAGACGGGUUCUUGUUUGGGACCUCAGGAACAUGGGUUACGUGCAGCAGAGGAGAGAGUCCAGUCUGAAAUACCAAACCCGCUCCAUCCGGGCUUUUCCAAACAAGCAGGGUUAUGUGUUGAGCUCCAUUGAGGGACGGGUUGCUGUUGAGUACCUGGAUCCCAGUUUGGAAGUUCAGAAGAAAAAAUAUGCUUUUAAAUGCCACCGCCUGAAGGAGAAUGGCAUUGAACAAGUUUACCCUGUGAAUGCUAUCUCUUUUCAUAGUAUUCACAAUACGUUUGCCACAGGAGGCUCUGAUGGAUUUGUGAAUAUAUGGGAUCCAUUCAACAAGAAGCGCCUGUGCCAGUUCCACCGCUACCCCACCAGUAUUGCCUCUUUGGCCUUCAGUAUAGAUGGAAGCCUGCUGGCCAUCGCCAGUUCAUACAUGCAGGAGCAGGGAGACAUCUCGCACCCCGAGGAUGCCAUCUUCAUCCGGCAGGUCACAGACGCCGAGACCAAGCCAAAAUCAACCUGAACGUUUCCAGGGAUGAAGAGCCUCCCCAGCCCCCAUUUUUUUCCCACCUUGCUUCAUACUAGGGUUAUUUUCCAUCAUUUUAUUUUACUUCAUUACUUUAUUUUAUGGGGUAUGCGAAAACUACUGUAUAUAUUUCCUGUCCCAGUCUAGUUUUUGGUUCAAGUAUUCAUGUUUGAGUUAAUUUUCUAAUGUGUAUAUUCUUUUAGUAUGUAUGUGUAUGUACUGAAUCAAAGGUACUUACAAAAUAAACUUUUUGGAGAUUUGCUUUUCAUAAA